CACCUUUGACCCAAACCACACCAUUUAUUAAUAUGUUUAUAUAUGCUCCCUCGCCUCUGUUUCUAAACAACAAAAACAAAAACAAAAACAAAAACAAAAACAAAACUAGAAACUAAAAACAUGGCAGCGGUGGCCGGAGCAUCCUCGUCGCUGAUUAACGUGGUCGCGCUUUCUGGCUCUCUCCGCAAAGGCUCUUAUAACAGAGGCCUCAUUCGUUCUGCGAUUGAGCUAAGCAAGGGAAGCGUUGAAGGCCUUCAAAUUGAGUACGUUGAUAUUUCACCUUUGCCACUUCUCAACACCGAUCUUGAGAUAAAUGGGACCUACCCACCAGAAGUUGAAGCCUUUCGCCACAAGAUUCUUGCUGCUGAUUCCAUUCUUUUUGCUUCCCCUGAGUACAAUUAUUCAGUCACAGCUCCUCUAAAGAAUGCAAUUGAUUGGGCUUCAAGGGCACCAAAUGUUUGGGCUGGUAAACCCGCUGCCAUAGUAAGUGCUGGAGGAGGCUUUGGUGGGGGAAGAUCACAAUAUCAUCUUCGCCAAAUUGGAGUAUUCUUGGAUCUUCAUUUCAUCAAUAAACCUGAAUUCUUCCUCAAUGCAUUUCAGCCACCAGCAAAGUUUAACAGUGAUGGUGACUUGAUUGAUGAAGAUGCCAAGAAUAAGUUGAAGGAUAUCCUUCUGUCAUUGAAGGCAUUUACCCUUAGACUUCAAGGAAAAAAUUGAAACAACUCAUUCCCAAAAAUUGUUGAAAUAAGCUUUGGAUUUAGGAAUAAUAGUGUGAUUCGAACUCUCUAUGACUGCAUGGCUACUGUGAUAUGCAGAGACAAGAGAACGUAUUUGUUUUAACAUUUGGAAUAUUUGUUUGUAUUGCCGUGUCUUGGUUUGUAUGUUCACCAUUGGUUUUGAGUAAAAUCUGCAAAGUUUAAGGGUGUGUUUCGAAAUUAGUUGAGUCCAAUUCAAUUGGGAUUUUAAAAGAAA